CUUCUCCAAACUCUUCACUUAUCUCUCUCUCUCUCUCUUUCUUGUCUCUGCUCAAAUGAAUCUAUAAGCGUUCAUUUUCUAACUCUUUAAAUAUUCAUUUUCUUUUUUUCCUUCUCUUUCACGCUUUAGCAUAUUCAAGCAUAGCGAUUAUCAUGCACGGAACGAGACAGCACACACUGAACUGAACACUAGAGUUGCCAUGCCAUCCUUUCAUUUAUAAGCAAAUAAAUAGUAUAUAAGGCUGAUUCUGAGAAACCCUUUUCAUCUUUUGUGGUUCUCUGUGGCUUGGAAAUUCUGGGGUUGGAUGAAUGGACACAAAGAUUGAGAAUUUCAUCGAUGAGGUUGGGUCAUUAGUAGCAGCUUGUUUUCAAAGGGGUUUUGAGUAACAGUUUCUGUGGGGUGCUUGAUUGGAGAAAGAAAAGAGAGAAAGAAAGAGAGAGUGAGAGAGAGAAAAGGAAGAAAGAGAAGCAAAAGUGGCUACUUUGAUGAGUUUUGGGGGGUUUCUUGAGAACAAACAAAGUGGUGGAGGUGGUAGGAUCGUAGCAGAUAUUCCUUACAGCAACGGUUCCAACCACAGCAACGAUAUAAUGCCCUCUGGUGCAAUCUCGCAGCCUCGUCUCGCCACUCCUACUUUGGCCAAAUCCAUGUUCAACUCUCCUGGCCUUUCUCUUGCACUUCAAAGUGAUAUAGAUGGACAAGGGGAUGUGAACAGAUUAAUGCCAGAGAGUUUUGAGCAAAAUGGUUUGAGAAGGAACCGGGAAGAGGAGCAUGAAAGCAGAUCUGGCAGUGAUAACAUGGAUGGUGCUUCUGGUGAUGAUUUUGAUGCUGCCGACAACCCACCAAGGAAAAAGCGUUAUCACCGACACACUCCUCAGCAAAUUCAAGAACUUGAGGCGCUGUUCAAGGAGUGUCCUCACCCGGAUGAGAAGCAAAGGCUUGAACUCAGCAGAAGGCUUAGUUUGGAAACAAGACAAGUAAAGUUUUGGUUCCAAAAUCGGAGAACACAAAUGAAGACACAAUUGGAACGCCACGAGAAUUCACUGCUAAGGCAAGAGAAUGACAAGCUUAGAGCUGAAAACAUGUCUAUGAGGGAAGCCAUGAGGAAUCCUAUAUGCUCAAACUGUGGAGGUCCUGCAAUGAUUGGUGAGAUUUCACUUGAAGAACAGCACCUCAGGAUUGAGAAUGCUAGAUUGAAGGAUGAACUAGACCGUGUUUGUGCACUUGCUGGGAAAUUCUUGGGCCGCCCCAUUUCCUCUUUAACAAGCUCAAUUGGGCCUCCAAUGCCAAACUCAAGUUUGGAGCUUGGUGUUGGUAGCAAUGGAUUUGGAGGUUUGAGCACUGUGCCUUCAACAUUACCUGAUUUUGGUGUGGGGGGUAUAUCAAGCCCCUUGGCCAUGUUGUCACCUUCAACUAGACCAACAACAACAACAAAUGUUGUCAAUUCUGGCUUUGACAGAUCAGUGGAGAGGUCUAUUGUUCUAGAACUUGCUUUGUCUGCAAUGGAUGAGUUGGUGAAGAUGGCUCAGACUGGUGAGCCUCUUUGGAUCAGAAGCUUGGAAGGGGGAAGAGAAAUUCUCAACCAUGAGGAAUACACAAGGACAAUUACUCCUUGCAUUGGCUUGAGACCCAAUGGUUUUGUCACCGAGGCCUCUAGACAAACUGGCAUGGUCAUCAUAAACAGCUUGGCCCUUGUUGAAACAUUAAUGGACUCGAAUCGAUGGUCAGAAAUGUUCCCUUGUAUGAUUGCUAGAACCUCCACGGCUGAAGUGAUAUCUAGUGGAAUAAACGGGACUAGAAAUGGUGCCCUUCAACUAAUGCAUGCCGAACUUCAAGUCCUUUCGCCCUUGGUUCCGGUUCGUGAGGUCAAUUUUCUACGCUUUUGCAAGCAGCACGCUGAGGGGUUAUGGGCUGUGGUAGAUGUGUCCAUAGAUACCAUCAGAGAAACUUCUGGUGCACCCACUUUUGUGAACUGCAGGAGGCUUCCUUCUGGUUGCGUGGUGCAAGAUAUGCCAAAUGGUUACUCUAAGGUGACAUGGGUGGAACAUGCAGAAUACGACGAAAGCCAAGUUCAUCAGCUCUAUAGGCCCUUGUUGAGUUCAGGCACGGGGUUUGGUGCACAACGUUGGGUUGCCACCCUUCAACGCCAAUGCGAGUGCCUAGCUAUUCUAAUGUCCUCAGCAGCUCCCUCUAGAGAACAUUCAGCCAUAAGCGCAGGUGGAAGGAGAAGCAUGUUGAAGCUGGCGCAGCGCAUGACGAACAAUUUCUGUGCUGGGGUGUGUGCCUCCACGGUGCACAAGUGGAACAAGCUGAACGCGGGGAACGUGGGAGAGGACGUGAGGGUGAUGACGAGGAAGAUAUGGCUGCCGGUCUCUCCUCAGCGUCUCUUCGACUUCCUCCGCGAUGAGAGGCUGCGGAGCGAGUGGGACAUCCUCUCCAACGGUGGUCCCAUGCAGGAGAUGGCUCACAUCGCCAAGGGACAAGACCAUGCUAACUGUGUCUCCCUCCUUAGAGCCAGUGCUAUUAAUGCGAACCAGAGCAGCAUGUUGAUUUUGCAGGAGACGUGCACCGACGCGUCGGGGUCGCUUGUGGUGUACGCGCCGGUGGACAUUCCCGCCAUGCACGUGGUGAUGAACGGCGGCGACUCUGCUUACGUGGCGCUUCUCCCGUCGGGGUUCUCCAUCGUGCCCGACGGGUCCGGCGGCGGGGAGGAUCAAGGCGGCGUCGCGUCGCAGGCGCGGGCGGGCGGGUGCCUCCUGACGGUGGCGUUCCAGAUUCUGGUGAACAGCCUCCCGACGGCGAAGCUGACGGUGGAGUCGGUGGAGACGGUGAACAACCUCAUCUCGUGCACCGUUCAGAAGAUUAAAGCCGCGCUUCACUGCGAGAGCUGAGCGUCACGUGAGAGUUAUGAGCGUCACGUGAGAGAUGAGACAGCGUUUGUUGUUAUUAUUAUUAUUAUUAUUAUAGCUUUUGUAGUUAAAGGUUAUGGAUAGGUGGCGCGUGUGAAGGACGCGAGGGGUGGGGGUGUUGAGUCAAGAACGAACCGCGCGUGGUGUGAGAAAAUCCUUGUAUGGUGGUGAGGGUCCGAGACUUGGCCGGGUCGGGUCGGGUUAGGAUCUUUAACACAAGGCAAGGGUGGUGGUUCGGGUAUUGACUCGGGUCGACCCCUUGUCUGCUCUACUAGUAGCAGAAGAAAAAACAUAAGAGAAUAGAAAUAUGGCAAAACAAAAAGGAACAAAAUUGUGUUUCUGGUUAGGUAUAUUUAAUUAUUAUAUGUUUAUCUUUUUUUUUUUUAUUUCUAUUGAC